AUGGCUGACCUCCGAUACCGUAAAGAGGACCGUGUCGACAUGACAUACCGGACCUACCCAUGCAAGAUCUCUCGCUUUCUGGAUGCCCAUGGGAUUCCUAAUGUGCUCUGGGGAGAGCUCGUGAUGAAUAUGUUUCUUAUUCCCGUCGUGUCAGACGGCAUCUACUUCGUCAUCCCCGAUGAACAUAUCGACAAAGCUCGCGACCUCCUGGUGGAAGCCGGCUUUCCUCCCUGCCAGCUGGGGAAGUAUUGCGGCUUUGACUGGCCCAAGUCCUUCCAUGGGAUCCCCUACGCGCACUUCAACAUUGUGGACCGCGGUCCCUUGAACUGCUAUAGACGCGAGUUAUACGGCCCAAAUCCCCGUGAAUGGUAUACACUGGAACUCUACAAGAAGUCCGAGCUGCUGUGGGGAGCGCCCGAGAUCCCACUCGGCCCACCGGCCCCGAACAACCCAGACUACUGGACGAUCAAUGAUGAGCGUCCUCCAGAAGCCCCCAGAGGACUCUGGCAAGGCCGCGUGGUUGAUGCGGAUUAUCCAGUCAAGAUCCUCUCGCCAGCGCGCUAUGCCGAGUCGCUGACCCUUCUGUACUUCCGGGAUAAUUAUCCGGAAGAGACUUUCAGAGGGAGCUUCUGGGAUUUAUUGCUGUUGGACAUGCAGGUAGUGCUGGAGGAGCACCGCCUCUUUAAACUGAGCGACCUUCCGCCUCGUACUCGCAGCUGGUUCAAAAUUCUGACCGAAAACUUACAGGAAAGAACGCAUGGGGAUGCCGAGGACAGGUUUGGCGCGGAGAUGAGGAAGUCGGGCGAGGUGCCCGAAAAAAGUCCCUGGCCGUCCCAACGUACAAUGCCCCCUACUUGGCGUGAAGACCUUAAACGGUGGGAGGAGGAGGAAGAGGAGAGGAGAAAGAAGGAGGAGGAGGAAGAGCAGACGAGGAAGAACAAAGAAGAGGUGAAAGAGGAGCAGAAGGCAUGA